AUGGGGUAUCUUUCCAGUAUCGUCUUGUUGGGAGCAGUUGCUCUCUUGUAUCGUCUGUACCGCAUCUACACUCGUGUGUCCAUCGCAGAUAUUCCGGGGCCAGAGUCGCAGUCAUUCCUGCUAGGCAAUUUCCCUGAACUAUUUCAGACGCAAGCAGGGGCCAUAGACUUCGACUGGCAGAGCCGGUUCGGAGGCAUCGCCCGCAUCAAGGCACCUCUAGGACUCAUGCACAAUUCACAGGAGGACUACCUGUGGAUAUCAGACCCUAAAGCUCUGCAAUACAUCUAUCACACGUCAGGUUACAACUUUCCGAAGCAGCCUGAACGUCGAACUCUGUCAUACCUCACAUCCGACCACGGUUUGACUUGGGCUGACGGCGAAAGGCAUCGGCGUCAGCGGAAGGUGAUGCUCCCUGCAUUCGGUACGCCUGAGUCCAAGGCCCUUUUGCCAAUCUUCAGCCACUAUGCCGAGCAAAUAUCCUUGAAGUGGAAGGACCUUCUGCUGAGUCUGCCUGAGCAGGCCUGUACACUCAAUGUGUCUGCCCAAAUCACUCCCGCCACUCUCGAUUCCAUUGGCGAAGCCGCGUUCGACUACAAAUUUGGACUCCUGAAUGACGGCAAUAAUGAGCUGGGGCUGGCAUACAAGAAUCUGGCCGCAACUAUAUUCUCGUCCCCUACGAAGGCGCACCUUUUUCUUUCUAACCUCGGGCACUACAUUCCGAUGCCUGUACAGGAAGCCAUAUACAACUACCUUCCAGGGCGGGGGCUUGACAAGGCGCGGCACAACCGAGCGAUUGCCCAUAAAGUUGCGAACGAGUUGCUAGAGAUGAAAACAGAAGCUCUCAACUUAGGUAAAGGAAGCCGGGACGUAAUGAGUAUCCUAGUCAAGGCAAAUGCAUCGGAGAACGAGAAGGCAAGGCUCGAUCACGAAGAGAUGGUUUCGCAGAUGAGGACGAUCAUGCUAGCUGGCCAAGAAACUACCUCAAACACUUUGUCUUUCGCGUUCCUCGAGCUCGCGAGACACCCUGACAUGCAAACGCGUCUCCGCGAAGAAAUCAGAGCAAAGGAGCGCGUAGUACACGAGCGUGGAGACAGCGACUUCACCGUACCAGACAUGGAAGCGAUGCCGCAAUCGGCGAAGGACGAUGUCAUUCCUUUGUCCAAACCGAUCACGACGUUGUCUGGAAAGGUGAUAGACAAGGUGCCUAUCCCGAAAGGGAUGAGAGUCGUCUUGUCCAUAGCGGCUUACAAUCGCGACACCGAUGUAUGGGGCAAAGACGCACAUGUUUUCAAUCCCGAGCGAUGGUUAGAAGUUUAUGGCAAACGCGGCCCAUCUGUCGGCGUGGUUAGCAACAUUCUAACAUUUGGUGGCGGCAUCCGAGGUUGCAUUGGAUGGCGAUUCGCGCUGUACGAAUUGCAAGCAUUCCUGAUUGAGCUCAUAUCAAACUUUGAGUUUGCACUCACGGAUGAUAUCAAGCGCCUCCGGAGGGAGAAUUCUUUACUAAUGGUUCCUACCUUGGAGGGAGAGGUUGAGAAGGAGACAUCUGACGGUGCCAUUGACAAGCAAUAUUGUGUUCUCUCAGUAAUCGUGCAGCUUUUCAGUGGCUUGUGCACUUGGGAUCUCAUACAAUGUUUACCCUUUGACAUUUCCUUCUGGCGAGGGAAGCGUGUGCAUGCCCGUCAUAUCUUCUUUGUCUACGCUGGCUGUCGGUACAUCUCGUUUGUGUCGGUGGUGUGCAAGGUCGCCUACGUUUGUGCACUGAAGUUUCAUAACUACGAGGCUCUCCUUUAUAUAUGCCAGGUAUAUCGCAGGUCGGACGAAGAUGGCAUUCAGACGUAUUUCGACAUUUCUACUGGGUUUACCGUACUUGCCUUUGUAUCGGCAAUCUUCCUCGGCCUGGCGAUCUGCUUCUUGCUUCGCGCUCAUCGCCGUCACGCGUAUCCAUCCGAGUGGCAGGACUCUCGCAGCAACACAAAUCUGAGGAGAGAUUGGUCAGCUCUGUUCGAUCAGCUUAUCAGGGAGGCAGCCUUCGAUUUUGUUCUCGUGUGUAUGAUUCGGACGGUUGCUACGGUAUUUCAUCUCAUUGCACUUGACCCGAGUGCGAAUCUUAGACGGACAAUUGACUACGCCGCAUUCAUUGCAACGAUCAUGUGCGCUUGCCAUACAUUCAAGACGCUUUCCCGCCAAGGUGAUGUCCACUCGUCUUGUUUGUUUUAUCUUUUGAAUACUUUGCAAGCGAGACGCGAGAAGCCGAGCCCCGCGACUCCGCCCGAAAGCGCAACCAGAUCCCACAGCGUCAUAUUAUCACCUGGUCCGUCCGCCGUCGGCGACAAGCUGAACGGCGAGAUGGAGCUUGAUGUCUUCCUCGACCACGCCGCGCUCCCGCUCAAGUCGCCGCGGCUCCCUGCGCCCUGCGCGCCCUCGUGCUCUGCUGCUGCGCUGCCGCCUCGUGCUGUAGUCGUAUAG